AUGCACAUGCGCCGUCACCAAGGGCCCGCCUACAGAUCGGCAAUCUACGUCCUAUCCCGCGCAUCUUGCCAAGAGACUGCCCAGACAUCGCCCAGACAGCAUCGCCAUCCACAUGCGGAUCACCACCAGCCAUGUCGACGACGCUGUCACUAUCGUCUUGUUUCAAGCACUAUUCCUGGCCUCCCUCCUCUCUCGACUCAGCAUCGGUGCAUCAUUGGUGACAAGAUGAGUUUGAACUUGGCCUUGGAUCCACACAUUGGUCUAAGGCCGAGUGGAGCGAACGGCCUCUAG